AGGUUCCCUCCUAGUUCGUGGUCACAUGCUGCCUUCCUGUUUUGGACCCUCAUCUCAUCAGCAUCUCUCUUGUUCCGACCUUUAUCAUUUCCGGGACUUGGCCAUCUUUCUUUCUUAUCUAUGUUUGUUUAUCUUUUACAUAAUAAGAGGUCAAAUUGAAAAAACAAUUAAAAUGAAAAUGAUGCCUCUCCUCCAGCUCUCCUCUUGUUUUUGUUCCUCAUACAACAAAACAUCUCGGUCUCAGACCUCCCUCCCAAUUCCUACUUUUCCCAUUUCCUGUUUACUUUUGUGAGAGAAGAUAGUGAGAGAGAGAGAGUUUUGUGGUGGGGUUUAGUGCCUGAGUCUCUUUUGGUGCAAUCUUGGUCUCUUUGGGGGGUCACAGAAGAACCAAAAAGAAGCAGAAGACGGUGAGAUUUCUUGGACUCUUUGAUCUUCGCCUUGGGCCCACCCCAUGUUCUUUUCUUGGGUCUCUGGUAUAAGUGUAAACGGCCUCUUUCUAUUUUCCUGUGCCAUCUCUGUGUAAUUUGAUUUGGGUCUGAUUCGAUUCUUCGAAAGAUUAUUACGAAUUUGUCAAUUUCUUGGCCAAUUAUGAACUGGGUCUGUUUCAUUUGAUGAAUUUACUACUCAGAAUAAUCAAUUCGUUUAUGGGUUCUGAUUAUACUAUAUGGCCUUUUUGAGUUCUAAUUUCGGGCUGUGUUUGAAGGGAUAGUGAUCAUCCACCUUAUCUUCUUGUGUUCCGGUAUUGGAUCAUUGAUUGGGUUUUUGGUUGUGUAUAUAUAGUUUGGGUUGGUGUUAUAUUCUCCUGAGGCAUGGCUGGAAUUGAUGUUUUGAAGUAUGCUCAUAGCCCUGUGCACAAGGCCAUAGUCAUGAGGGAUUAUGCCAGUCUCAGGAGGAUUCUUGCUGGUCUCCCCCGGCUUUGUAACCCUGCUGAGAUUCGAACUGAAUCAGCUUCAUUAGCUGAGGAGGAGAAGGCUGAUGCCAUUGCUGCUGUGAUUGAUAGGCGAGAUGUCCCGAAUCGUGAGACCCCUCUUCACUUGGCUGUAAAACUUGGUGACCAGACAGCUACUGAAAUGCUUAUGGUUGCUGGAGCGGAUUGGAGCUUGCAGAAUGAACAUGGAUGGAGUGCACUCCAAGAAGCAAUUUGCAAUAGAGAAGAAGCAAUUUCCAUGAUUAUAGUUAGGCACUACCAGCCACUGGCUUGGGCAAAAUGGUGCAGAAGAUUGCCUCGUUUAAUUGGAACUAUGCGGAGGAUGAGGGACUUCUACAUGGAAAUUACAUUCCACUUUGAGAGUUCUGUUAUUCCUUUCAUUUCGAGAAUUGCCCCAUCAGAUACUUACAAGAUCUGGAAAAGGGGUGCAAAUUUGAGGGCAGAUAUGACAUUGGCUGGUUUUGAUGGUUUCAGAAUUCAGCGUUCUGAUCAGAGUGUUCUUUUCCUUGGUGAUGGGUCUGAAGAUGGUAAGGUGCCUCCCGGGUCACUUUGCAUGAUCUCACACAAGGAUAAGGAGGUGAUGAAUGCUUUGGAUGGUGCUGGUUCUCAAGCAACUGAAGAGGAAGUUCGGCAAGAGGUGGUUGCAAUGUCUCAGACUAAUAUAUUCAGGCCUGGGAUUGAUGUGACUCAGGCAGUUCUCUUACCUCAGUUGACUUGGAGGCGGCAGGAGAAAACAGAAUUGGUUGGUUCAUGGAGGGCCAAGGUAUAUGAUAUGCAUAAUGUGGUUGUCAGUAUCAAAUCUAGGAGGGUCCCGGGGGCUAUGACAGAUGACGAGUUUUUUUCAACUUGCAACGAAAAUGAAACAGAAAGUGAGGAACUCAAUGAUAUAUUGACAGAGGAUGAGAGGAGGCAACUUGAAAUUGCACUUAAACUGGAUUCGUCCGAAUUGUCGAACGAGAAUAGUGACGGGAUGAUUGAGCAUCGUCAUAGUUGUUAUGAGCAUAGGGAGAUUCCUAUUGAAGAUGUAAGUAAUGGUAGAAAUGGAGAGAAUAAUAAGCAGGAAAAAAAAGGAUGGUUUGGUGGAUGGAGGAAAAGAGAUAAUAAAAAUGAAGAGCAGAAAAAGCUUAUACCCCCAAGAAGUUCUCUCUGUGUAGACGAGAAGGUGAGCGAUCUGCUAGGGGAUUCUCCUUCAAGAAAUCAAAGCAGACCUGGAAGAAGUAAUGUGGACGUCGUUAUGAGGGGGGAUGAUCACCGGAAAGGAAGGGAUAUGAAGGCAUCUUCCUCUACGAGUUCUGAUAUCAGAAAUCGUCACAAGGAUGCAAGCAAGGAGAACGAGUAUAAGAAAGGGUUAAGGCCUAUUCUCUGGCUUUCCCCAAACUUUCCUCUACAAACAGAGGAACUGUUGCCAUUGCUUGAUAUUUUGGCAAACAAGGUUAAGGCAAUCCGUCGUUUGAGGGAGCUGCUUACGACCAAACUUCCAAUGGGAACAUUUCCUGUCAAGGUUGCUAUCCCUGUGGUUCCUACUAUCAGAGUAAUUGUCACUUUCACAAAGCUUGAAGAAUUACCACCGACAGAUGAAUUCGCAACACCCCCAUCGAGCCCCCCUGUUGCAGGCACAGAGAGCCCAGCUGCAAUGCAAUCCUCAAGUUCAUCUUGGUUUCAGUGGAUAAGAGCUCCUUACAACCGCCCUAGCUCGUCUGCUACUGGUUCUAGUAGUAGGAUUGAAACCAUCCAAGACCCAUUUGCAAUUCCCCCAGAAUAUACGUGGGUUACAGUUGAGGCAAAGAAAAAGAAAAUGCAGGAGAAGAACAAAUCAAAGAAAGGGAAAAGUCACCACAAAUGAGGUGAGGCGUGGGGAGACUUAAGACCCAAAUGUAAAGAGGAUUUAGCUCAACAAAGGAACUCAGCAAGAUACCAGAUAGAGAAUAGUAUUUCAUUAAUCGGUGAUUUCGUGAUACUACUGUAAGGAGAAAAAAGACUGAUAUUAGAGAAGGCUUUGGUAUAGAGAAGUGAAUCGCCCUUUUUAUCAAGGGAAAAUCUACUGAAUCAUUGUGGGGGUUGGGAACAAAUUUAGGAAAAUAUUGUGAUUCUUGCGACAUUUGGUGGAUGUUUACACACCAGUUUGAUUACUUAAUUCAUUUCAUUUGCAUAGAUAUGGGGGUUCAACUUCACUCACAACAUACUCAACAGGCUGCUGUUGGAAUAUAUUUUUUUUUUCCUCGUUUAAUUUAUCUGCAGCUUUUGCC